AGCCGCACAGGUCACAUGAUUGAAAUGAAACUACAACAACAGCAGUAGAAAUGUCACUUCUUUAUUCCGCAUUAUGCUUAUAGUUUAAAACAUGUCGUCGUUUAAAGCUAAUUGUAUAUUUUCUGUGCUGUUUGUCGUGUUUGGCGCUGCGCUUGGAUUUCUGGGAAAUGGGGAUACAUUUCGACGGAAGGUGUCUGUGGAGCUGAAUCCCGGUCUGACGCCGCCGUCGGUUCUUCCUCCUGGAGUGGGUCUGGUUCAUGUGCGAGGGCUGGGGCUCAAUGACACGCUGCACUUCUUGCUGUGUAACUCUGGAGCUCCAGCGCUGCUGAUGGUUCACACAAACAGCACUGAGUCUGCAGUACAGGUGGAAUGGCCUGCGUUUAUCAACCACAGUUCAUCCGGCAGCCUGAAGGUGGAGCCGCAGAGCAGCGUGCAGUACAGCAGCGCACUAGUGUUCACCAGAGUGUGGGAGUACGAUGACGUCAAUAACACCGCGGACCCCCAGCAGGCCGCAGAGUCCAGCUUUUACCCUCCAUACGAGCUGCAGAACUUCACCUGGUCCGACCUGACCGUCAGUGUUAACCAGUCGGAUCACACGGUGAAGCUGUGCGGCGGAGAGAAAACAGAGAGUUUCCUCAACGGCUCCCUCUGUCUGCAGUUCUCAGCGUUUGAGUCGGAGGGUCGUGAGAAAGCCUGGCCGAGUCUCCAUCAUAACGCUAACUCCUCGCAGCUGCGCGUGUGGCUGGACGGCGUGACGCCGCGAGGAAACGACUCCAGAUUCGCUCUGGAGUUUCAGUCUGUAGGUGAAUCAGGGUUCGAGGGACGAGUGGACAUCCGCAGCUCCAUAGACGAUGAGUACACACCCUCCAUAUUUAAGGUGUCUCAGUGGGUGGCGUCUCCGGUGAACAGCAGCGGGGUUUGGGGUUAUAAUCAGUGGAAACCCGUGGCGUAUCGUAAACCUGAGCCGGUGUUUGAGGACGCUACGCCCUGCAAACACUCCCAGCUCGUGUCUGUGAACCGCAUCCCUCGGUCCGGUCUGGUCCAGGCGUAUUUCACAGACGAUCUUCAGACUUACGGCCUGAACAUCAGCUUCGGCAUCGCUAAAGACCCGGUGUUUUACAGCGACACCAAAUACGUCAGCUGGACUGUUUUAGUGGGCUUGGGCGAGCCUCCGGCCGAUUCGUUCUCCACGUUAAUCAUUGUCAUCAUCGCCGUUGGACUUGGUACUCCUCUGGCCAUCAUUAUCUUGGGUGGACUGUUUGUUUGGAUCCGCAAGAGGAUGUCGCACUCGUCCGUCUACGAGCCAAUCAACUAAUCAGUGAUGAGGUUACUGACUCCAGAGCGGACCAUUAGAAACACGUUCCUGACGAGUGGAUGAGGGAGUUCAAUUUAACUGACCAAUUACACAGAACAACUCUCUGGAUGUGUUUUGAUUUAAACGUGUUACAUAGUGAAUUUUUUACACCUUUAUACUUAAAUCUCAUUGGCCAGUCGAUCGCACAUCAAAACUGAAAGUGGAAUGGAGAUAUUAUUUGAUUGUUUUGUUUUUACGUCAUCAUUUUUCAUACUUGAUGUUUGUUUGCGCCAAAAAUCUGCUUGAAAAAUCGAUUUAAUUGACCUGAUUGAUGACAGCUGCGCACAUUUUAAAGGUUUAAAACAUUAUUUUCUCUUUAAUUCUGAAAUCUAUGCAAAUGCUUUCAUAUUUAAUGCAAACUGCACUGUUGGAGAUUCUCAGGGAUUCUCACUCUGUUCAGUAUGUUUAGUUUUGAUGCUUUUAACAUAACUGUGGUUAAUGGGAGAGUUCAUUGUGAAGGCGUUUUGUAAACGUUCAUUUUCACCAUGUAGAAACAUUCUGACAUCUUUUCUUUUGUUGUUGUUGCCUUUAGUGACUUAUAAAAAUGUAAAUACGGAUUCAAAAGCUUCUCUUUUUCACUUUAUAAAUUUAUUCAACACUU